GGCUGCGUGCCGGGAGUGGUGCAGAUGGUGUGGCUGCGGCAUCCAGUGGUUCUGGCAUGGUUGGGCCGGUUCUUGCAUUUCGUGGCGAAAUCGAAGCUCAGGGUCGUGGGUCUUUGCAUCCUCACAUCUUGGUGUGGUUGGUUUGUGGUCACCUGGAGGUCUUGAGUCAAUUGACGGAAAUCUUGCGCACCAAGCAGCACGAACUUCGACAACGCUUGAAAGAGUUUAUGCAAUUGGCGGUGGCCAGUUUUGAAUCCAUUUCGCAUGCUUCUGUGCAAGCGGCUCCACGUUGUGCUGGAAGUGAUGUUUUGGAUGCACCUGUCAAGAUCACGGAGGUGGCGCGCGAUCUCUUCAGGGGCGAUGGUGGCUCGGAUAAGGAACUGCUGGAACAAUUGAAAGAGAAAACACCUGAACAAGAAGAGUAUCUGCUGUGGAUUUCUGAGGAAGACUGGCGGCGACCCAAGUUCCAAGUGGAGGCAACAACAACAGAUAAGCAGAGCAUAUUCGCAACACCCAUCAACCAGCUGUCGGUUGCGGCCACUCCGAAGUAUCGCUUGCGGUCAUUGCUGUGUGAUCCGCAUGUGCCGGAAUUGGACGCGGAUGCUUGGCGGACUGCAUUUCAGCAAGACUUACAUUCGUUGAUGCCUUCGCUGCUUCGACAUGUCUGUACAGAAUCGUGUUACAAAUAUUCUGAUUCGACUUCCAAGACCUUCAGAAUUUGUCGACAUGGCUUCUAUCAUGUGAUUCACAUAUGCGACGGUUGUCGUGUGCGUCGCAAAGGGAAGUAUCUGCGACCGACUUUGUACAUUGCUGGUGAGGACGAAGCUGCUCAUGGCAUGGAAGGGCGAUUGCGCCCAAUACAACUGUCUCCCUUCGAAUGUCAAACUUGCUAUGGUGGAACUGUUUCGGGGAGACACAAUUUAGAUUUGCAAGACAUGCGUCGGGUGGUCAGUCCGCAUUUAUGGUUGGACCCUGACGAUCAGCUUCCACACGUUGGCUCGCUUGAUUUUCUUGGAUACAUGGCCUCUUGGGAGUGGACUGGUUGUCAGUAUGAAGCUCGACCUCAGCUUGCUGCGGAACCUCUCUCUUGGAUUGGUAGGAAGAAGAGUUUGACGACAUCUUUUCGGAGUGGCUGGCGUCAUGCUUACAGAUCCAAGCUUGCAGUGGCGGAGCCGACGCAGACGGAGGAGGCAGAGGAAGCUGGAGAGCAGGAUGUGGAGCUGUCGCAAGCGAUCAGUAUCAGUGUCAAUGAAGCCUUUUGUGAUGGUAUCAAUACAGGCUUUUAUGUGAACAACUAUACAACAAAACCGGGCCCGGGCUUGAAAACACUGAUGGAUGAACUGCAGACGGGCAUUCAACGGCUGGAAAAUGAAAACAAAGAACGUGAAGAAAAGAGAAAAGCAGAGCGGGAGGCUGCAGAAGCCGCUGGGGAACACCUGCCGGGUCGUCGCAACAAAAUUUUUGCGGACACGUUGCGGACCUUGAUGCGAUUGACGGCAUCAUAUCGACGCUGUCAUUGGAAGAGCGCGGCUGAAAUCAUUUUUCCACUCUUGUAUCAACACUUGACUUUUGCUUCGCACAGGACUUGGAAACUUUAUGUCAAGAAAGCUGUUUUUUUCGCAGUUGAAGCUUGGCGGCGUCAGUACGGCGAUUCAGUCUUGCAGCACAUUGAGGAUCCAGGGGGGGAAGCUGAGCCUGUCGUAUUCAGACGGCCUGGAGUGGAUGAUCUGGAGUUGAAGGGUUGGAAGAAAGUUUAUCGCAAGGAUCCGGCCACGGAGGUGGUUGAUGAAAUUUUUAUCGGUCCGAAUGGACAAGUCUGUCCAGACCUUUUGGCUGCCUUUGAAGAAUACCAAGGACGUGAGAGGAAGAAUGCCGGACAGGCGCUGAGUUAUGUGCAGGAACUCCUCAAACUUCAUGCUGUCACCGAGAUCGUUGUUCCGACUGCCACGGACGCCAGCGUUGCUACGAAUCUGCAGUCUCUCCAAGCAGAUGGCCAAGAGGUAGCUGUGAAGACCACGAGCAACGUGGAAGCCAAACGUUUGGCUGUGACAUCAUCCAGUCUGGAAGACUAUCUGUUUCGUGGCGAUCAUCCUUUGCUGGCAGGCAUGAGUUGGGCCACGUAUGGCACCUGGGUCUAUCGUGUGGAGUUGGCACGGGGUGCAGACAAGUCGGUGAAGUCGGCUAUACCUCGGUUUGUGGAUAUCUAUUUCGAUGCCUCGUACAAGCUUUGUAACAGCCAUGCGCAGCGGAUCGCCAGUGAACCGCGUGUACCCAUGUUUGAAGGCUUCACUAUGCCGCCGCUGACACACGACAGCGAGCGGAACGCCAUGUACAAGCAAGUGCAGUAUCUGGAUGCUGAAACAUUGCCACCUACAGAACAGGAUUUUGAUCUCGGGAAGCCGCGGUGCACUGUUUCUAUGUACUCGUCGCUUCUGGCACAACAGCGGAUUGCAAAUCUUGAAGGACUUGCACGUGCCAGACAACACAAACCGAAACGUAGAAGAGACGAAGAUGCUCAUUUGCACGAGGAGUAUGUGAAGAUGCACACGCUUGGAGGAGCUGAUGAUGUUGGCGCGGAUGGCGACAACGAUGAAAAUCUAGAGGCCUUGGUAGAAGAGACAAGUGUCGUGAAAAAGGAAAUCUUCCCGCCGAUUGGUUUGCGCCUCACUGCAGAGGAGCAGAAACAGUUGUUGCGCUUUGAUCUGCAAGGUCGUAAGAAUGACUAUGUGAAAACAUUUCUGCAGGAAACCUGGAUGAGAGACGAUGUGUUUGAGGAUGUCCGGCAAGAUCUCUAUUGGAGUGUCAGAGAGACCAAACCAGGGGAAGAGGAAGAAGAUAUUGAAGCCCAGACAGAUGAGCCGGACGAAGUGGUUCGUUUGCGUACUCUCCGCCUCUUACUGCCUUUGUUACCACGAGAUUGUGCGCGUUUCACGGAUCAGAAGGUCUAUGCGACACCAUCUGCCAUGCUGUCGGACAUGGUGGCAAAUCUACCCAUCACGGGCAGAUUGAACGAGGAUCAGAUGCUCUUUGUGUUACGGUUUGGAGAUAUUUUAGACACUGUGUGGAAAGAAGAACAAGAGUUACCACCUGAACGGAGAUCUGUGUAUCACAUGUUGUUGCUGGGACAGGGCGGAUCAGGCAAAACUCAUGUUGUGCAAAAUUUUAUUUUUCCGGUUGUGCAUUUCAUCUGGCCGCCAAGCAAAGAGGAGGAGUCUUUGAUGGUCGUGGCGGCCAAAAACUCGCAAGCCAAAAACAUUUCCACAGAAGGUGUGCGAGCCAAGACAUUGCAUAGAGCAGGUUGCAUGCGGAUUCAAAGUUUGAGGAAUCAGGAUCUGGCUCCAGGCAAGAAGGAAAAGGCUUUGGAGAAAACCUGGAAGAAUGUUCGUGUCUUGAUCAUCGAAGAGAUCAGCAUGGUGUCGGCUGUGCUUUACAAUAUGCUUGAUUUUCGUGCCAUGUGCGGUCGCCGGCUGCCUUUCAAGGUGGACCGAGACACUUACAUGAAAGUGGGUUGUGCUUUCGGGCGGGUGCCCAUCGUCGUUCACCUGGGUGACUUUUUCCAACUGCGUCCGACUGGUCAGAUAUCAUUGAUUGAAGAUCUGAAUCGCCGAGAUGAAGAGGGCCAGUAUGUCCAUAAAGAGGUCCCUGGCGUGGAGGUUCAGCACGCGCAAAAACUUUUCUCUGAAAUCCCGGAUGUUUAUGAGCUACGCGGCACCAUGCGCUUUAAGCCGCAAGAUCCGCUCAUCGAGAUCUUGCAAUGCAUGCGGCUUGGCCACACACUGCCGGAUAGGCUCUGGGCUCAGUUCCAGGAGCGUGUGGUACGAGACGAAGCUCCCGGCAUUGCUGAUGCUCGCUUGGAAUCGGAGAACUUUCGGUCGGGGUACUGUAUGUCGAUCUACUGGGCAUCCUUGAUUCGCAUGAUGUAUCGUCGCACCAUCUUGCAGGCGAGCCGAUGCAAUCAGACACUGGUCUUUUUGCAAGCUGCUGAUACUUGUAUGGGCAUGAAUCAUGAGACUGGCCUUCGAUUUUUGAAUCAGCCGAACCCGUACAACACUGGUUUGAUUCAUGGCAUUUUGCCUUGCUUUGUUGGCAUGGAAAUUCGUUUGUUGGCGCGUGUGGAUGCCGACCAAGGGCUGGUGCAAGAUACUGUGGCAACCAUUAUGGAUUUUGGGUUUCAUGAUGCCGAUCGAGCAAGAUAUUUGAAGACUCCGGCAGGAGAAAUGUUUACGCCCAGAUAUGUACCAUCUGGAUUGUUGGUGAGCAUCAAAGGAUAUCAAGGAUGUAGUGGGCGGGAAAGCUUUGUGCCGCUGUGCGCGAAGCAUACGAAUAGUCCGGAGCAGGCGGAGAAGUUGGCUCGUUCUUUCUAUUGGUUUGAAGCAGAAGAAGUGGUUGUGAGCUACAGUGGGCUACAAAUCCGCAGAUGUGGUUUUCGCGCCACGAAUGCACAGUGUUUGACCAGCACGGCUUCGCAAGGCUUGACGCUUCGAUCUGGAACAGUUGUGGAUUGUGGUCGUCAGAAAGAAAAAGAUGAUGAUGAGUGGUGGUUGCAUCUGUAUGUGAUGCUUUCCAGGGUGACCUGUUUAUCGGACCUGCUGUUAGUGCGACCGCCACCCCGAGAGUUACUGGAAAAGGGGCCGCCGGUCGGCGUAGCCAAGAGCUUAGAGAAGUUUCAGCAGCGUGCGACGGAGUGUCGCGCCGGCGUUACUAUGAGACAUGGACGCCGUAGCGACGGAACUGCGUAG